UAUGUGGUGAAUAAGAAAAUAAACAAAAAAAAACGACACAUCCAUUCGAAUCGAACAUUCAUCGAAAUCAUGUGAAUGAAUUCAACACAGAUCCCAUGCUUCUUUCCGUUCAAUAUAAUAAACGCACACAAUCAACCAAAAGAGGUGGAGUAUGAGGGAGAGACAGAGAAAGAGCAUGAGAGAAGAAGAAAAUACAAAAAAAUGUAUCUCGAACUGUUCAAACUCAAUUUUUCGAAUCGAGCGAGAUACGUAUUUCUGAAUCCGAACGAACGAAACGAAACGCCAAACGAGCAGGAGGGUUGUGUGUGUUUUGUAUAUGUUUGAAUUUUUCAGUCAUCAGCUGAAUUCAUGACAGGCAACAUCUUAUUAGAUUAAGGUUGCGCUGUUCGAUAAUACAGUAAUAUCUUUGGUUAUAAAUAUACCUAUCUAUCAAGGUUCGAAAGUAAAUAAUUAUUAUUUAUUACUCUCACAUCAAUAAUCGCUAUUUUGUUUCGAUUUACUUAUUCACUUGAACAUAAAAUACAUAAAUACCUAUUACAUUACAAAAUAUUCCGUGUUUCGCGAAAAUCUUGUCAACACACUUUCUUACAAUUUUUAAGUGUAUUUAGAUACAAUUUUUCCAUCGUUGUUUCCUCCAUUGUGAACUACAAGUGAACAAUCCGGUGCGGUGUCGUAUCAAUCAAAAUCAAAUGAUAUUGUCAUUCAAUUGUGAAAAGCCAACCACGACGAUACGAUAGGUACCCAUUGUUAUUAAAAAAUUUAUCGGAACCCAUCGAAAAUACAUACCUACACCUGUAAUCGAAAUUUAUGUGUAAACUUAAUAAAUAUCGUAUUUUUUUUUGUUGGUGAAUAUGGCGGCAAUUUUUAAAAUUAAAUGCAAACAAUUUGUGAAUAAAAAUUUAAUGUUAUUACUGUGAUCUGUUCUUGCUUGCAUCCAAUUAUGAAGUAAAUGGAAAAGCACAAGAAAAAGAUAUCUAUUAUUUUUUAAUCAGUUUUGUGAUUUUACCAAACAACACAAUUAUUUUUAAACAAAAAAAAAAAAAAGUAGUGAAUCAAGGCUACAAGACCAAAAUUGUAUUGUUACCUAUACUUUUUAAGUGUGAAACAAAAAAAAAAACCUUAUCGAUUUUUUCUGUAAACAAUUUAAAUAAAAAAAAAACUGGAAACGGAAAUUGAAUCGCACGGCAAAAGGGAGGCAGACGAAGAUCGUUUUGCCUCCACUUUCCAAAAAUUCACCCGAAUGCAGCCAACAUUGCCGCAAACAGCCGGGACAGCCGAUAUGGAUUUGACGGCUGUUCAAUCAAUGGAUUGGUUAUUUAAAAAGGAACGAAUCUAUCUCUUGGCACAAUUUUGGCAACAGAGAGCUACAUUGGCUGAAAAAGAAGUAAAUACUUUAAAAGAACAAUUGUCAACAACUUCUACUGCAACAUCAACAACAUCGACGUCAUCGACAACGACUACAACAGCCCCCUCGAUCCAUUCAUCACCACCAUCUCCAUCCUCGGUGAGCACAACCCCAAUACCAAAUAUAAGACUAUCAUCCCCAACGAUAAACAACAACAAUAGCUUCAAUAAUAAUAACAAAUUAAACAGUGUUGCCAUACCACAACAUUUGCAUCAAAACGGAAAUUUGCUAGCAGCUACUCCUUCGCCGUCUCCGCCAUUAUCUGAAAACGGUAGCACACUUAACGGAUGUCUUAAUUCGGUAAAAUUACUCUUCAAUCAUAAUCAAAUAAUGGAGACAACACCAGCUGCGUCAAAUACAGCUUCUGAAAUUUCUGCGGUAUUGGCAGCAGGCACCACUAACCCUGCCCCCAACAGCGCAACAACUGUUGGUGCAACGUUCACAGACGCUAGUAAACUUAUUACGGCAAUGACCGCCGAAAUGAAUCUCCACCAAGACUCCAGUGAAUCGGCAACUCUGGCGAGCAAUCAAAUCUCAAUUCGAUCGCACAGCCCGCUCCUGUCCACGGUAGAGGGUUCCAGUGGCAACGAGGAAACAAGAAACAAUAAUAAUAAUAAUAGCACUAGUAACAAUAAUAAUAAUAAUAAUACCAAUAGUAAUAGUAAUAGCAGUAGUAGUUAUAAUAAUCAUUUUGCUGAUGAAUUGGCUGCCAAAGAAAAAGAGAUUAAAGCACUUAUCGCUGAGGUUAACCGACUGCAAACCCUCCACGAAUCACAUAUUGUACAGAUACAAAGACUUGAAGAUAAUCUAGAAGUGAAACGUCAACACAUUCUGAAACUUGAGACUCGUCUGCAGAAACAACCACAACUUUUCAAAAACGCUGAAGCUUCUGCUGUUGAACCCGUAUCAUGUCCAGAAGAGAAAGAAUCUAUUUCUAUAGUUUCCUCUGAGCCACCAACAACAGUUGAAGAAAUUCAAGUUAAAAAGGAAAACCAAUUACCAUCAACGACAAGCGACAUCACAAGUCAGCCAGAGGCUUCUGUCAAUGACCCCAAACAUUUCCAAGAACUUAUAAUCGAAAGAACUAAGGCUCUCGCAGUCGCAGCUCAUGCAUCAAGUGAAACACUAAAAGGCGAAGGAAUUUCCAGUGAUACAACCGUUGCAACAGCAGACCCAGAGACAAUCAAGACUUGCGAUAACGAACCUUCAUCGUGCGAGGUCUCUAACAAUAACCUAGAUGCAAACGUUCAGCAUCAGCAGGAUUUGCAGUCUUCAUGUGAGUCAGCGGCUGUAUCAGAGCAUAUUCCUUCGUCAAACUUUCAAAGUGUCGAUCAGUUUGGUUCGCUGCUUGGCGGUGAGUUAGUUAAUUCAUAUUGGCGUCGUGGCUUCGAACAUCUGCCAUUGGCUCCACAAAUUUCGAUGCCUUUGCAACAGCCAUCGCCAGCAACUACUAUUGCUUCUGCUGCAGUCUCCAUAGCAGCACACUCACCACCAACAAUAACAACAACACAUCCAACCUCUGAAACGCCAACAUCGAUUUUCCAAAAUUUCCCAUCAAUUCUUUCAUGCCGAUCGCCUCCACCACUUCCAUUAUCGGUCACAGGACCAUCAACCACAACUCUUUUGAGCCAACUAGUCAAUUCAACCUUCUCAUCGAAUUCAACUCCUUCUCUUCGAACAGAUUCCCAUCCAACUUCUUCGACAACGACUACGGGAUCCCACCUUCAACAACCUCCACUACACCACCACCAGCACCUCCACCACCAGCAUCAGCAUCCUUCCCUUCAGCAUCAUCAGCAACAACAACAUCACCACCAGGACUUCGAGAAGGCAAACAGCCAUCACGAUUCCUCUUCAACAGCAAGCACGCCUAAUCUUCAAGACCAGCGGUCUAAUGAUGGACACAUUACUGGCUCCAAAUCCGCCAAAAGUCAAGAAGAUAACAACAACUCACUGGGCUCUCUGACCCAUCUUCCACCUGCAUUUCUGCCCGGUUUGCCAUUCCAAUUCCAAGAUCGCGGUCAUUUCCGCUUCGCCGAAGAUAUUCAACUUCCACCUGGAGCCUCUAUGGCUGGCCGUCUAGGAGAAUCCCUCAUUCCCAAGGGCGAUCCUAUGGAAGCCAAGCUACAGGAAAUGCUCCGUUAUAACAUGGACAAGUACGCCAAUCAAAGUUUAGACACGCUCCACAUAUCACGACGCGUUCGAGAGCUACUUUCCGUGCACAACAUCGGACAGAGACUUUUUGCGAAAUAUAUUCUCGGUCUAUCCCAAGGAACUGUAUCCGAAUUGCUUUCCAAGCCAAAGCCCUGGGAUAAACUGACUGAAAAAGGCCGUGACAGCUACCGCAAAAUGCACGCCUGGGGAUGUGAUGAUAACGCUGUGAUGUUGCUUAAGUCUCUUAUACCCAAAAAAGAUUCAGGCAUUCCCCAAUAUGGACGAAAUGAAGAUUCCAUGUCGGAUGAUCGUAUCGCACACAUUUUAAAUGAAGCCUCCAGCCUUAUGAAGACUCCUCAGGGACCAGGUUCACAGUUGCAACAGCAAAUGAAACAUGAAUCUCAGCGUCAUUAUCAACAACCGUCUUCAUCAAUUGACGAUGAGCAGAGCAACGACGAUUCGAAAUCACCGCAUGCAUCUUGUACGUCACCAUUCUAUAAAGAAUCGCCAGUGCAGCAACAGCAACAACAACAACAGCAGCAGCAAAUUCAACAGCGCCAAGAAGCCCAGCGUCGAAGUGCGAAGCCGGAUGAAAUGUCGCAGGACAAGAUGGCAAGAAUAUACCAAGAAGAACUUCAAAAACUCAUGACCCGCAAUCCACGCGACGCAUUUCCAAGUUUUUUGUUUCCUCACUUUUUAAGUGCUACAGGUGGUCUUCCACCCGCUAGCAGCACAAUUCCACCCGACGAUAACAUUCGCAUGGCUUUGGAAGCCUACCACCGUGAAAUGGCCAAACUGCAACAGAACAACAGUGGCAGCAUACCCAAUUUUCCGAAUUUCUCCAGUUUGAUGGCACUGCAGCAACAAGUGUUGAAUGGUGCACAGGAUCUAUCCGUCCCGAAGGAAAAUGAAAUCAAAGUCAAUGGUCAACGACACUCGCUGGAAAGCUGCGACUCCUCGUCUAAUCAAACCAAAGAAACAGCUGAAGAAGCCGCUCAACGUCACUCCAGUGCUUUUAGCUUAGUUCGACUUAAACCGGACGCUGCACCUGCACCUAAUUCGAUUCCAAACCCAAAUACUAAUUCAGCUGCUCCAAGUCCACUUAGCAAUUCUAUUCUUCCACCGGCUAUGACAGCAAACGAGGACUUCUCAGCAGCUGCCAGUCCACUGCAAAGAAUGGCGUCAAUUACAAACUCAUUGAUUACACAGCCUCCAGUAACGCCUCACCACACGCAGCCACAAAGACCCACAAAAGCGGUUUUACCUCCAAUCACCCAGCAGCAGUUCGACAUGUUCAAUAAUUUGAAUACCGAAGAUAUCGUUCGUCGAGUGAAAGAAGCUUUAUCACAGUACUCCAUAAGCCAGAGACUAUUUGGGGAAUCCGUUCUAGGGUUGUCACAAGGAUCCGUUUCUGAUCUCCUUGCCCGACCAAAGCCCUGGCAUAUGCUCACUCAAAAAGGUCGUGAACCAUUUAUCCGUAUGAAAAUGUUUUUGGAAGAUGAAAAUGCCGUACAUAAGCUUGUAGCUAGCCAGUAUAAAAUAGCUCCCGAGAAAUUAAUGCGCACUGGUAGUUACAGCGGUAGUCCACAAAUACCACAGGGUCUUGCAAACAAAAUGAAUAGCAUUCCCAUGCAAAAAAUGAUGAACGACUUGAAAAUGGAACCACAAGCCCAACAUAUAAUGCAACAAAUGCAAGCAGCUUCCGCAAUGGCUGCUGCAGCUGCUGCAGGACACCUGCAAAAUGCUCAACAUCAGGGUAUGUUAUUAACCACACCAGGACUUCCGCCGCAACAUGCAAUAAGUCUGCAGCAAGCUGCAGCCAAUGCUGCUGCAAACGAAAAAAAGCCAAUGAUGAUGCCAAUCCACUCACCACAUCAAGCAAAUGCUAUGCGAAGCAGUAUGCACCAGCACAUGUCACCGACAGUUUAUGAGAUGGCAGCCCUCACACAAGACUUAGACACGCAGGUUAUAACUACAAAAAUAAAAGAAGCUCUAUUGGCUAACAAUAUAGGACAGAAAAUCUUUGGCGAAGCUGUUUUAGGACUCUCUCAAGGAUCAGUUUCAGAGUUACUCUCGAAACCAAAGCCAUGGCACAUGCUGAGCAUUAAGGGUCGGGAACCCUUUAUUCGUAUGCAACUUUGGCUUUCGGAUGCAAACAAUGUAGAACGACUGCAGGUUCUAAAGAAUGAACGUCGUGAAGCAAGCAAGCGACGUCGAUCUACUGGUCCCAAUCAACAAGACAACAGCUCCGAUACAAGCAGCAAUGAUACCGCUGACUUUUACACCAGCAGCCCUGGUCCUGGUUCAGUUGGUUCAGUUGGCGCUCCACCAAACAAAAAACAACGUGUACUCUUUUCCGAGGAACAGAAAGAAGCUCUACGCUUGGCCUUUGCUCUGGAUCCAUAUCCAAAUGUUGGAACCAUUGAAUUUCUGGCUAACGAGUUGGGUCUGGCAACACGAACCAUCACAAACUGGUUUCACAAUCACCGAAUGCGCCUAAAGCAGCAGGUGCCUCAUGGCCAGCCUUCAGAACCAGUUCCUAGUCGAGAAAAUACUAACGCAACACCCUUCGAUCCAAUCCAAUUCCGUAUACUUUUGAAUCAAAGACUGAUGGAAUUGCAAAAAGAGCGUAUGGGUCUCAGUGGCGCCCCCAUGCCUUACCCACCGUAUUUUGCUGCCAACCCAAACCUGGCGGCACUAAUUGGUCGUGGUUUACUUCCUGGUGGAACAGAACCUGACCUACAAGCCCUAAACAACGCCUUUAAGGAACAAAUGAGUGGUCUCGACCUUUCCCUUAAAAGAGAACGAGAUGGAGACUAUGACGACGAUGGUGAAGAUGAAUCGCAUCUAUCUGACAACGAGUCGAUCAAUGAAAGUGAUGAAAAAUCAGAAAUGAGUGAAACUCCGAGAUCUUCAUUAUAUGGCAAUAUUGGCCAGUCUCGAACAUCACGACGUAAGCCCGCUGCCCCUCAAUGGGUGAAUCCUGACUGGCAAGGUGAUGGCAAAACAGGAUUAGUGCCUCCAAUUACAGCAGGUGGUCCUAACGACAAGGAAGUCAUAAUAAACGGUGUCUGUGUAAUGCAACAACAAGCUGCUGACUACAGCCAAAAAUCAGGAAAUGGGGAAGACGACGAAGAAUGCCCUUCCGAUGCCAACGACGAAGAACCUACAACCCACCAUCGUGGCCAGUCCUCCGACUGCGAAGAUGCUCGGGCUGACAUCGACCAGAGGUUUAUGGAACCCGAAGUUCGAAUUAAGCAAGAAGAAGACUGUGACACCAACGAUAGCCACCAAGAUGACUUGGACUUAAGAAAACAACAACACCACCAUCAGGACGAAGAUGAUGAUACUCCUGGUGCAUGGAAUUAUUAGUUAAAAAGAAGUCAGUAAUUCACUGCAACAUCCAAAACUUGUGCAAUCAAUAAAAUAAAGGGAUAAAAUAAUACAUAAAUUAAUAAAAUAUUAAAUAUUAUUAGAUGAAAAAAAAAAUAUUAGUAAAGUUAAUUUAAUUAAGAAAAUAAUGUGAUUAAGUUUUAUGUUAAACAUAAGUUGAAAUAUUUUUAGUUUUUCGCGCUGCUAGGAAUGGUGUAAAUAUAAAUAACAAUAAUGUUCUGUAUCUUCGUCUCAGAUUUAAGGUUUAUAAGACUGUCCGCAUAAGUUUUAAUCUUAAUCUUGUAAAUAUUUAGAUUUAUACUUUUGUUGUGUAAAUACAAAUUUAUAUUAUUUUUUUUAUAUUUAACUUCCUUUGAUCUCAUCAAAAUAAGAAAAAAAUUAAAAAAAAAAACAGAAAUAAUAUAAUUGAACCAAAUGAAAAUAAUUUUAACCUACAAACAUCAUUAAAAUUGAAUUAAGAAAGGUAUAUUUCAACAAGCUGUAAAUAAUCAAAAAUAUUCAUUUUCAUUUUAAAUUCUAUUAAAGCAAAAUUCAAAAUAUAAAACCGAAAUGGCAAUGCCUUUAAGUACGAUAUUUCAAAGUUGAUAAAAGUUGAAAAUUAAAUAGAAAUUGCAUCCCGCAUAUCGUAAUAUAGAAUAAUAUAUUAUUCUUUAAUGUUAUAUAUAAGUUGUUAAAAUCAGUAUAUAGCGUAUAUACAUUUUUAAAAAAUCAUGUAAACAAACGAAAAAUAAAAGAUAUUUUAGAAGUUAUAUAUAAUAAUUAUUACUUUAUGCCUUAUUCCUAAUUAUUUUUUAUAUUAAAAUAUUUUCUAAGUUUAUUCUUUAAGUUAAUAAAGUUAUUCUUUUUUAAUUAAAUCCCCUUUUACCUAUAUAUUUAGUUUUUUUUUUCUGAAAAUAAACACACCGAUAAUAAUCUUUAAAAUGAGUUUUCUUUAUUUUGUACAUUUUUAUUAUUUUUUUGAAUUUCAGUCUUUGUUUCUCUGAAACUGCUUAGAAAAUAACACAUUUAUAAGAAAGGAACCGUUAUCCUUGCAUUAUUAAAUUUAAAUCCAAUGAGUCAAACCAAUGAAUAUAUAAUAUAGAUGUAUAGAUAAAAAUUUUAAAACUGUAAGUAUAUAACUACCAAAAUAAUUUAAAAAAAUUAGCGAUAUCUGUAAACACGAUUAAUACAUCUGAACAAAUUUUUGUUAAAAACUUCGUCCAAAAAAAAAUAUAUAACGUAUAAGUAAAGAUUUUAAUACUCUUACACGAAAUUGAUGAAUAUUUAUUAAUAUUUGUUAAAAGGAAAGGUGCUAAAUAAAAUGAAGACAACUUUAGUACACCACGACAUUUUUGUUUUGUUUCGAAGUUUUGUUGUUUUUGAUGUCAAAAAAUUAAAAUUUUAAAUAAAUGUAUGUAUGUAUAAAAAAAGAACAAUAUUUUAAAUAACAAUAAUACGUAAAUUCAAUGAUAAGUCAAAUAUGCAAAAUCAAAAUUUUAUCAAAGUAUAUUUGUAUAUAUGAAUUAAAAAUAAGUAGAAAAACUUCAAUAUCUCCUUCCAUUUCUUAAACCUCAAUAUAAGUAAACACAAAAACAAAUCUCUUUUUAUACUUCCAAAUAUUAUUAAAUAAAUUAUACACAGCUAAUAUGUAUCACCUUCAGUUUUAAUUAUUUCUGUUAGAGUACUUGACACAUACAUAUAUUAGUUAAUAUUUUUAAUCAAGUACACACAUUAAUUAAGAUAUAUAAAUAAAACCGUGAUAUAUAUUCAUAUGAAAAAUGUAUAUAUAACAAAACAAAUAAUUUUAAAAAUACUAAUUAAGAAAAUAACAACUCUAUCCAUAUCAGAAGAAAGUAGAAUAUUUUUUUUUUAAUUAGAAGUUUGUUUAAACAAAACAUUUGUUUUUAUAAAUAAAGUGAACAACCACCAAAAACAGAAGAAACCGAAAACAAAAUAAAGUUCACUUUAAGUAAAUCAGUUCAAAAGCAAAUAGAAAGCAAGUAUAGCAAAUAGAUAAAUAGCAGGAGAGUCAGUGAGCUAAAAAAAUAAAUACAUUGAUUGAUAAAUACAAUUUUGAUUGAAAAUUUGAUAAAAAAGGAUCUACUUAAUAGAAGCCAUUUAAAGACAAUUAAACAAAUAACAUUACAACCGAAAUAUUAUAUUAUAAAUAUAUAUAAAAUAAGUGAAAAAAAUAGUCAUUAUUA